AUGGGCUCAGGGCAGGUGACAGGCUGUGCCGCAGGGCAGGUGCCACAGGCUCCUUCCACCAGAAAUGACAUCCGGAAUUGCUCCACAGACCCACCGUACCUGCCCCCGACAGUCACUGACACGACAGCACGUCUGGCCGAGCUGCGGAGUGCCAUGCGUGCCUACGGAGUCGAUGCCUACAUUGUGCCCUCCACCGAUGCCCACAUGAGCGACAUCGCCAAGCGGGAUGCCCCGCUGGGCUUGCUCACUGGCUUCACUUGCUCUGCAGGCACCAGCGUGGUGACACAGCACAAGGCUGCCCUGUGGACUGACAGCCGCUACUGGACCCAGGCAGAGCGGGAGCUGGACUGCAACUGGGAACUGCAGAGGACAACAUGGAUCGAGUCCAUCGGAACAUGGAUCCUGGAGGCUGUGCCUGUGGGGGGAAACAUCAGCCUGGACCCCUUCCUCUUCUCCAUCAGCACCUGGAACAGCUACAGCCAGGCUCUGCAAGGCUCUGGCCGGACUCUUCUGCCUCUUGAGACCAACCUCGUGGAUCAAGUGUGGGGUGACCAGAGACCACCUCCUUCCUCCAGUGAGAUCUAUAGCCUCCCAGCAGUGUUCACAGGGAGCAGUUGGCAAGAGAAAGUGACCAGGAUCCGGCAGCAGAUGGAGCAGCAUGUGCGACGCCCCACUGCCGUGCUGCUGUCAGGGCUGGAGGAGACAGCCUGGCUCUUCAACCUCCGCGGAGACGACAUCCCCUACAACCCUGUCUUCUACUCCUAUACCCUCCUGACAAACACUACCAUAAGCCUGUUUGUGGAGGGGUCCCGGCUGUCAGCAGCAGCGCGGGAGUUCCUGCGCUCCGCCUGCCCAGGGGUGCUGUGUGUGGAGCUGCAGGAGUACGGAGAGGUGAGCGCUCACCUGCGCCACUACACCCAGGGCAAUGUCAUCGUGUGGCUGGGCACAGAGUACACCACCUAUGGCCUCUACAGCAUCAUCCCCAAGGAGAAGCUGCUGGAGGAGAGUUACUCACCUGUCAUGACAGCUAAGGCUGUGAAAAAUGCCCAGGAGCAGGAGCUGCUGCGAGCUGCCCAUGUCCGGGAUGCAGUCCUGCUGUGGCUGGAGAAGACGGUCCCAGGGGGACAGGUGAAUGAGUUUUUGGGUGCUCAGCACAUCGAUGCUCUCCGAUGGGCCCAGGAGCACAGCCGCGGGCCCAGCUUUGAGUCCAUCUCAGCCAGUGGGCUCAACGCAGCACUGGCCCACUACAGCCCCUCCAACGGGAGCAGCCGGACACUGUCUGCACGCGAGAUGUACCUCUGCGACACCGGAGGGCAAUAUCUGGAUGGGACAACAGACAUCACACGGACAGUGCAUUGGGGCAAGCCCACCCCGCUCCAGAAGGAAGCCUAUACCCGUGUGCUGAUGGGCAACAUUGACCUCUCCCGCCUCAUCUUCCCACCCAGCACUGCAGGGAGAACAGUGGAGUCCUUUGCCCGCCGGGCACUCUGGGAUGUGGGACUCAACUAUGGCCACGGGACCGGGCAUGGCAUCGGCAACUUCCUCUCAGUCCAUGAGUGGCCUGUGGGCUUCCAGUCCAACAAUGUGCCAUUGGCAGCCGGCAUGUUCACCUCCAUUGAGCCUGGGUACUAUCGGGAUGGUGAGUUUGGCAUCCGCAUUGAGGACGUCGCCCUCGUUGUGGAGGCUCAGACCAAGAAGCCCUUCCUGACCUUUGAGGUGGUGUCCCUGGUGCCCUAUGACCGCAACCUCAUCGACCUCAGUCUCCUGUCCCCAGAGCAGAUCCAGUACCUGAACUCCUACUACGAGAGGAUCCGUGCACAUGUGGGGCCAGAGCUGCAGCGGCAGAAGCUGGAGGAGGCGUACAACUGGCUGCAGGAAAAUACCAAGCCCUUCCCAGUGGGCAGUGCCAUCACCACCACCGUGACCACCAGCACGCUGGCUCUUGCCUCACUGCUCUCAGUGCUGCUCAGCGGGCUGCAGGCCUGA